AACAUAGAACACAUAACAGACACGUUUUACAAAACAGCCGGGAUAUAUAUCUAACUUUGGUUAUAAGCUUUGUUUCUGUAGCUGCCAGAUUCAAUAAUUGUUAGAGAUUCUUGAAUUACAAUUGUAGAAUCGUCAAAUUGUUAACUUGCUGUCAAUUUCACUUUUGUCAUAAAAUACAAAAGAACAGAAGAUAUCAUUGAACAACAAGAAUUGUUCUAUUCACUAACAGGAUAACAAGAGUCUGAUCCAAUUCAUUCUCAUCAAUCUCAAUAUACUUCAGUUUGAGGAAAGCCAGAUCAUAAAGAUUGCCUCCUAGAUACAGAGACUUAUACACACAACACACGAGUUUCACUGAACACUUCAUCAAACUACUGAACUUUGAUUCUAUUGACUUAUUCUAGAUUCGAUCUUUCAUCAAGUCCAUCAAAUUUUUCAUCAUCGUAUUUAUCGUUCGCUGAACCAUGGCUGACGAAGAUCACAAGAAUAUAAGUCUAUACCUUCCCAACACCGUGAUAAAGGACUACGGGUAUCCCGAGAGCCAUCCGUUGCAUACUGGCAAUUUUGGAGCUAUGGGCGAUCCUGAGGAUGUUGACGAUGAAGACAUCAACAGUGAUGACGACUAUGGCUAUCUCCUUUCUGCUGCCAACAACAAUACUACACAUUACCAUAGUCUCGUGCGGAGCAUUGACGACGAGGAUGACGACGAAGAGAUGAACAGCAAACUUAAUGACGAUAACGACUAUAUUUAUAAUGGAGACGACGAUGGCGGUCGAUCCAACGAUGAAAUCAACUGUAGAGCCAGAGCGUUGUUCGAUUUCCAGCCAGAAAACGAUAAUGAAGUGGCAUUGACAGAGGGACAGAUAAUCUGGAUUUCGUAUAGACAUGGACAGGGGUGGCUCGUAGCAGAAGAUCCAGAGUCGGGCGAAAACGGCUUGGUUCCGGAAGAGUAUGUAGAGAUCUUCUACACCAAGGAAGAAGUAGCUGACGAUGAUGUUCCCAAACCGUUUCUACCUGAGCUCUUGCAAAAUUUGGAAGAAGACGACAGUGACGACGCCGACUGGGUAGACACAGACUACGACGAAGAUGAAGAUGAAGAUGAGCAAUCGGAGGAUGAGCACAUAAACGAAGAGGCAGACAUUUCAGACAGAUUACACGAUGUCAAGUUGGUAUCGUGACGUCGUUGUUAAUAUACACUAUUGUAAUUAGAAACAGUAUAUAAUAAUAGUAUUAAUAGUGAAGUGAACUAUCAAACACAGCAUAUGCUAUCUG